AUGACCACUUCUAAAAAGAUCCGGAUCGGAACUCGGGCGAGUGCCCUGGCGCGGUGGCAGGCGGAAUGGGUUGCGGCGGAAUUGAAGUCUCGGGCCGGAGUUGAGGUUGAAUUGGUGCCGAUCUCCACGGCAGGCGAUCGCCAGCAACAGGGCCCCAUCGGCAGCAUCGGCACCCAGGGCGUGUUCACCAAGGAAAUCCAGAAGGCCCUGCUCGACGAUCGUGUGGACGUGGCCGUUCAUAGUUUGAAGGACUUGCCGACGGAUCAAGUCGAAGGACUCAUGCUGGGGGCAGUCCCACCGCGAGAGUCGCCGGGCGACGCACUGGUUUGUCGCGAGAAGCAAACACUGGAUGAUCUACCUGUGGGGGCCGUUGUGGGAACCGGAAGCCCUCGACGCCGGGCGCAGUUGCUGAACCUGCGCCCCGACUUGUCGGUGAAAGACGUACGGGGCAACGUCGAUACCCGACUGCGUAAGCUGGACGAUGGCGAGUACGACGCCCUGGUGUUGGCCAAGGCUGGGCUGGUGCGACUCGAGCUAGAUGAUCGUAUCUCUUACGUGCUUGCUAGCGAGCAGUUCUUGUCCGCCAUCGGGCAAGGUGCCUUGGGGAUUGAGAUUCGCGAGGGUGACGCAGAGACCCUGGAAGCCGUCGCCCACCUGAACGAUUCGGCAACUUUCGCAGCAGUUGCGGCUGAACGUGCGCUGCUGGCCCAUCUCCGCGGAGGUUGUCUCGCACCGGUGGCAGCACUGGCUGAGCCGAACGAUGACGGAACGCUUCAUCUACGAGCAGUGGUGCUCAGCAACGACGGCUCGCAACGUCUCGAUGCGUCGCAAACGGCACCGACUGAAGACGCCGUGCAGCUAGGGCGUGAGGUGGCCGAAGCAUUGCUGGCACAGGGGGCUGCGAAGUUGAUUGCUGCGGCCCGCGAUGCGGGUUAG